AUGCCGCCUCAACAAUGUGCCAAUCCUCUAUUCCUCAAGUGGCUUGAAGAGUUGCGUGACGCUGCACGUGAAAAGGGUCUCAAAGUCGCUGAAGUGUACAACAAGGGCUGCCGUGCGAUUGCAGCAUGUCCAGUUGCAUAUGCGAGGCCAGCAGAGCUAGCCCCGCUGCAAGGUAUCGGCCCUAAGACGAUCCAGCUUCUCGACGCCAAGUUCAAGGCGCAUUGCAAGGCAACAGGCAAAGCAUAUCCUGAGUCUCCUCUCCGUCGCACCGCUCCGAAACGGCCCACCCACAGUGACAAGGCCCACAGCGGAGGGGAUGAGGAAGAACCCGCGCCGAAGAAGGCCAAGCGUCCGCAACGCGCAUAUAUUCCGGCUGCGCGAUCCGGUCCUGCUGGAAUCUUGAUCGGCAUGAUCAUCGCCGCCGGAGACGAGCCUGACGAUGCGCUCAUCGAGCAGCUGACUCGCGGUGAGGUUGUGCGACACGCUCAGCCGUAUUGCGACACCAGCUAUGAUCACUCAGAGCGCGGGACAUGGGUCACGGCAUGGAAUGGUAUGAAGACGCUCGUGAAUAAGGGAUACGUCGCGGUGCAGGGCAUCCCACAUCGCUAUACCCUCACCGAGGCCGGAUUCGAUGUCGCGGUAGUGCUGCGCAACAUGCAGGACGAGUUCAAAGGUGGCCCCCAAAUUGUCCCAUUUGUUCAGCGCGCCAACCGGGAUGAAAUGUGGGACCGUCCACUCGGUCAAGCUGGUCCUGGUCCAGCCGCCAUGGCUGCUCGCCCUUCAAUGUCCUCAACGUCCACUCCUGGCCCUCCACCGCAGCCGGUCCGCAGUACAGCACCAGCAUCGAGACGAGUCUCAGCUUCUCGCUUCAGCUUCUGGUAUAUCAGUGCCGAUGGCAGUCGGGUCGAGAAUGUUUCCUCGGCUCGUACCCGCCUCGACCCCGUCGAAUUUGUAACAUUACGGCAGAUCGAGUUUCUCGAGUCGCAGAAGGACCACCCCAUCGUGGGCCAGCUACGUCUUGUUGAUGACGACCCGACGCUGCAUGACGAUGGGCUCGUCACGCUGUGUGCUUACUUUGUGGAGGACGAGGCACCGCCUACCUGCAGCAAGUAUCAGGAUGACGAUGCUGCCACUCGAACUGAGACCACGGCGACGUCCCGGGCUACCUCCGUCGCCCCAACUCGUACACUAGCCCGCACUACAUCCUCUCGCCCUCGUCUGUCAUCGCAGCUGCCGCUACCAGGAGAGCACCGCGACGCACACUUCAACCCCGACGACGCAAUCGUAUUUACCAAAGGGACCUACGAGAUUUUGCUGAUUCUCGACACCCGUGAGGUUGAGUCGCGCAACACCAACCGUGAACGUAUUGCUGAGAGCCUUGAACGGAAGGGUGUCAAGGUUGAAACGCGUGCUCUCCGGCUCGGGGAUAUGUGUUGGGUUGCGCGCCGGCGUGAUGCCUACGGAGCCGAGGAGGACGAGUGUGUGCUUGACUUCGUGGUUGAGCGCAAGCGCCUCGACGACCUUGUCUCGUCCAUCCGGGACGGGCGCUACAGCGAGCAAUGCUUUCGACUGAACGAGAGUGGGAUCGGGAAUGUCUUCUACAUCGUGGAGGACUACCAGAAGGCGGAGCGCAUGCAGUACCAGGGCAAGCAAAUCAUGACGGCCAAGUCGCAAGUCCAGGUGAUCAACGGCUUCUUUCUCAAGGAAACUCACAAGUUGGCCGAUACAAUCGACUACCUCGUCACGAUGACGGCAGUAAUCGAGGCUUCAGCAGGCGACUUGCGUGUUAUUCCCUCGCGCUACCUCUCGCGGACCACCUACGCAUCCCUACAGACAAAGCUACGCGCAACGCACAAGACAUCAUUUCUCACAUCAUUUGAGGCGUUUCAGGAGCUCAACAAGAAGUCAACUCUGCGAACGACCAAGGAAUAUCUCGCGCGCAUGCUGCUCGUGAUUAAGGGCAUGAGCCCUGAGCGAGUGAGCGCGAUCUUGGACGUGUGGGAGACGCCACGGGCUCUGUACGAGGCCAUGAAGGUCCGGCAUGCGCAAGGCGUGAUUGAGGACGGGCGACGGAAGCGCGGUCCAGAGCUUAUGUUUGCCGACAUGGUCCCAGGUGAGGGCCGUCGCAGGAUUGGUGACGCGCUCAGCAAGGCCGUGAGUACCGGAGGUAGAGAUAACGGGAGCUGA